AUGACGGAAAUAAAUCAAGAGGUAUCAGAAGUCAAAAAAGCUCGUCACGAUUGGUAUCAAAAUGAAAGUCAAAUAGUUUUAAGUAUAUUAUCAAAAAAUAUUAAUGAAAAAGAUUUUUUUAUUAAUUUCACGCCUGAAACAUUAAAUGUAUCGUUCAAUAAUGAAAAUGGUAUAAAACAUAAUUUAAACUUUAAUUUACUUUACGAGAUCAACCCAUCUGAAUGUUUAUACAAAAUAUCACCUUCUAAAGUUGAAAUAAAACUUAAAAAAAAGGAAGGAUUCUGGUGGAAAACAUUAGAAAAAGAUUUAACAACUUGUACAGAAACAAAUAAGCAGACUAUGUCAAAAGUAUAUCCUAGCUCAUCAGUUAAACCAAAAGACUGGGACAAAAUUGUAGGUGAUAUUUAUAAAGAAGAUGACAAAUUAGAAGCUGAUGAUGCACUAAAUGCAAUUUUUCAAAAAAUUUACGCAGAAGGAAACGUAAAAAAAGAAAAAGUUACUAUGAAACCACCCGAUGGAAUGGAAUGGAAAAAAUGGAAUUAA